AUACAUCACAUCAGAUUGUGAUGCAGUGUCUAUCAUCUAUGAUGAUCAAGGAUAUGCCAAAACACCAGAAGAUGCAGUCCGUGAUGUCCUUAAAGCUGGGAUGGAUGUGAAUUGCGGGUCUUACUUGCAAAAGCACACAAGAUCAGCUGUUCAACAGAAAAUUCUGGGAGAAAGUGACAUAGACAGAGCUUNAUCUAACCUCUUCACAACUAGAAUGAGGUUAGGACUCUUCAACGGCGACCCAAUUCAACAGCCAUACGGUGAUAUCAGUCCUAAACAGGUGUGCUCUCCAGACCAUCAGGGUCUAGCCUUAGGAGCUGCUCGCAGCGGUAUUGUCCUCUUAAAGAACUUAGCCAACCGUCUCCCAUUGUCCAAAGCUACCACUAAAACACUUGCUGUCAUUGGCCCAAAUGCUAACACCACGAAAACACUUCUAGGGAAUUAUUUUGGACCUCCAUGUAAAUCCAUUACACCAUUAGAAGCAUUCACAAGCUAUGUUAGGGAUACAUCUUACUCCCCGGGAUGCGAUUCUGUUGCGUGUAAUUCUUCCGUUUCGUUUGAGGAAGCUGUAAAACUGGCAACAUUGAUAGAUACGGUUAUAUUGAUUAUGGGUUUGGAUCAAACACAAGAAAGAGAGUUACACGAUCGAGUUGAUUUAGUACUUCCAGGGAAACAGCAAAAUCUCAUUACAACUGUG